AUGGUUGAGAAAGGUAGAUUGCAUGAGGAUCAAGGGCUGAAGUGCAGCUCUCCUGCCCAGGAGAGGGCUGCCUGUGGAGGGCUGAGUGACCUGCCUUGCCAUUACCCCAAGCGGGUGCAGUCAUUACCUGACUUGUACUGGAAGCACUCAGGAGCCGGGGAAGACAAGGCAUUUUGGUUCAGCUGUUUACAUGAGGCUUCUGACAGAUGGCAGAACUUUAUUCUUAAUGAGAAGUUUUUCCACACAGGUCUCCAGCGAGAGAGCACUCCCAAAGACUGCAGCGAACCCAAGGUCACUGCAGUAGGACAAGCUCAGGGGACAACUGUGAAAGUUCUUCAUGUUCCUUUUUCAAUAGUAUACCUGUUGCUGAAAUUCCCAACACGAAGUCCUGGUUCUCCAGUCGUCCAUAUUGCAGGCCACCACCAGUCCUUCCCAUCCCCAUGUCCUUUCUCUAGAAAGAAGAGCACAGUGGGAGUUCUAAUAAUUAACUCUUCUUGUUCACAGAUAACUACUCUUAUUAAUCAUAAGGAUAAACCAAAGCGUUCAGACAAGACUCUGCAAGCAAUUCAGAGAGUGGGCCAAGCAGUUAACCUGGCAGUUGGAAGAUUUGUUACAGUAGGGGAAGCUAUAGCCAAUGAAAAUCAUGAAUUGAAAGAGGAAAUGAGUGUUGCUUGCAUCGAGGCAAGGAGAGCAGGUGAAACAAUCGCACAGCUUACGGACGUGGCAAACCUGGAUCAUCCAGAAUCUGAUAGCCACAUAACAAUCUUUACAGACAAAACGGGUGUGGUAAAAGCUGCAAGAUUGUUGCUUUCUUCUGUCACAAAGGUGCUGGUAUUAGCAGACAGAAUUGUUAUUAAGCAAAUUAUAACUUCCAGAAAUAAGGUUCUUGCAACAAUGGAACAACUAGAAAAAGUCAGUAGUUUCCAGGAGUUUGUACAAAUAUUCAGCCAAUUUGGAAAUGAAAUGGUAGAAUUUGCCCAUUUAACUGGAGAUAGGCAAAAUGAUUUGAAGGAUGAGAAGAAAAAGGCCAGAAUGGCAGCAUCUAGGGCUGUUCUUGAGAAGUGCACCAUGAUGCUUCUAACUGCUUCAAAGACUUGUCUGAGGCAUCCAGACUGUGAAUCUGCUCGUAUAAACAAAGAUGGAGUUUUUCAUCGGAUGAGAUUAGCUUUAGAACAGGUAAUAGAAAUUGUAACCGACUCUAGACCAAACGGAGAAAAUGAAAUGGCCCCCAUCAGCAUAUAUUCUGGCAUCAAAGAAUUCAAGAAUAAGGUGGAAGGUCUUCGUGAGAAUCUUUAUUUUCUCUCAAAAGAGAACCUUUCGACAAUGCUGGAAGUUAUCCUGGAACAUACGGAGGACUUCACAGACUCUGCCUAUACCAGUCAUGAGCACAGAGAACACAUUUUGGAGCUGUCUAAACAGGCUAAAAUGGAACUCGAGCAUCUGGUUUCAGUGUGGAUGCAAGCUCAAAACCAGAAGACAAAGGAUCUCAUGGAAGACUUGGAAGUAGCCAUUUUAAAGACAUGUCAGUGCAUGAAUGAACUUAAAAGAGAGGUCCACAGUGCAGCAACAUCUUUGGCAGCUGAUCUCCUAAAAUACCAUACAGAUCAUAUGGUACUCAAAGCAUUAAAAAUCACAGGAGUAGAAGGAAAUCUUGAAGCUGUAGCAGAAUAUACUUGCAAGCUAUCAGAGCAGAAAGAACAACUUGUUGAGGUGUGUCGCUUAUUGAGACAUGUUUCUGGAACUGAGCCCCUUGAGAUAACUUGCAUACAUGCAGAAGAUACCUUUCAGGUCACUGGCCCACAGAUAAUUUCUGCUGCAGAAACACUGGCGUUACAUCCAUCUAGCAAGAUUGCAAAGGAAAAUCUUGAGGUGUUCUGUGAGGCCUGGGAGUCUCAACUGAGUGACAUGUCUAUGUUGUUACGAGAAAUCAAUGAUGUGUUUGAAGGAAGAAGAGGAGAGAAGCGUGUCUACCUGUCACUGCCCAGACCAGGGAAGCAUAAUGCAAAUCUGAAAGCAUUAAAGCCAGUCAAACUAGAUACUGAGGAACAGGCGAAAAUUGCAAAACUUGGAUUAGAAUUGCAUCUGCUCACAUCUGAUGUGGAUUCUGAGACAGAGAAGUGGGAAGAUCAGGAGAAUGAGAUUGUGCAACAUGGACAAGGCAUGUCAAGUAUGGCCUACUCUAUGUAUUUAUUUACCAGAGGAGAAGGACUUCUGAAAACUACUCAAGAUUUAUUUCAUCAAGCAGAGAUUUUUGCUACAGAGGGCACAAAGCUUGCUUCAGCUCUUCAUGCCUUUUCUGAUCAGGUACACGAUGAUGACAAACCCAUGCUUCUGUUGGAGGCUGAAAAACUGAUCUCUAUGUGCAAACAGCUCCAGGUAACAGCUAAAUCUUCUGUUCAGGGCAAAAGCGCUACAUUUACAAAGGUUGAUGCAUGCAUUCUGAAAACAAGGAAUGUGAUGACUCUGUUAUGCCAGCUUCUUCCACUUUGCUGCAAAUUACUGAGAAAGAAUAAAGCAGGAAAUGGCUGUCUCAAAGCUGCUCCACCAUGGACAGAAGACAGAAUACGAACUGUUACAAAUGUGCAUAGUCCAGAAAGGAGAGCUGAGACAUUUGGAAUCAAGUCUUUAGAAAAUCAUGUAACAAACAUGACAUUUUUAGAGAGCAAGUAAAUCUAGCACUUAGAAAUGCAGGAACUCCCAUUU